CAGAAUGUGUUGUUGAAGACUCUUGUGAUGUUCAUCAUGUACCAAGUGACCAUCCAAUCCCCUGAUGUCAUAUUCCUGGAUAUGAGAAGGAAGGGACUGACAGAACUAACAGAAGGCACGUUCAAGGAAUAUCCUAAUCUAAAAACACUUUAUUUGGACUACAAUGCCAUUAGUAUAAUUGAAACUGGUGCUUUCUCUGGUUUAGAUUCAUUAGAAGUAUUAAGCAUGAAAGACAAUCAAAUAACAAUUUUACCAGAUGGGAUUUUCAGUAGUUUGACAUCAUUGACAUAUCUUGACCUUGGGAGCAAUGCCAUUACAAUGUUACCAGAUGGGAUAUUCAAUAAGUUGACAUCAUUGCGAACAAUUACGCUUAAUAACAAUGACAUAGCAAUAUUACCAGAUGACAUAUUCAGUAAUUUGACAUCAUUGACAUAUCUUGACCUUAGUAGCAAUGCCAUUACAAUGUUACCAGAUGGGAUAUUCAAUAAGUUAACAUCAUUGCGAACACUUUUGCUGUAUAACAAUGACAUGGCAAUAUUACUAGAUGACAUAUUCAGUAACUUGACAUCACUGCAAAUACUUCGCCUUUCUAGCAAUGACAUAGCAAUAUUACCAGAUGGGAUAUUCAGUAAGUUGACAUCACUGACAUAUCUUAACCUUAUGAGCAAUGACAUAGCAAUAUUACCAGAUGACAUAUUCAGUAACUUGACAUCACUGCAAAUACUUCGCCUUUCUAGCAAUGACAUAGCAAUAUUACCAGAUGGGAUAUUCAGUAAGUUGACAUCACUGACAUAUCUUAACCUUAUGAGCAAUGACAUAGCAAUAUUACCAGAUGACAUAUUCAGUAACUUGACAUCACUGCAAAUACUUCGCCUUUCUAGCAAUGACAUAGCAAUAUUACCAGAUGGGAUAUUCAGUAAGUUGACAUCACUGACAUAUCUUAACCUUAUGAGCAAUGACAUAGCAAUAUUACCAGAUGACAUAUUCAGUAACUUGACAUCAUUGACCUAUCUUCAACUUGGAAGCAAUGCCAUUACAAUGUUACCAGAUGGGAUAUUCAAUAAGUUUACAUCAUUGCGAACACUUUUCCUGUAUAACAAUGACAUAGCAAUAUUACCAGAUGACAUAUUCAGUAAUAUGUCAUCAUUGACAUAUCUUGACCUUAGGAGCAAUGCCAUUACAAUAUUACCAGAUGGGAUAUUCAAUAAGUUAACAUUACUGCGAACACUUAGCCUUUAUAACAAUGACAUAGCAAUAUUACAAGAUGUCAUAUUCAGUAGUUUGACAUCACUAAAAACACUUUACCUUUCUAGCAAUGACAUAGCAAUAUUACCAGAUGGCAUAAUCAGUAAUUUGACAUCAUUGACAUAUCUUCAACUUGGAAGCAAUGCCAUUACAAUGUUACCAGAUGGGAUAUUCAAUAAGUUUACAUCAUUGCGAACACUUUUCCUGUAUAACAAUGACAUAGCAAUAUUACCAGAUGACAUAUUCAGUAACUUGACAUCAUUGACACAUCUUGACCUUGGGAGCAAUGCCAUUACAAUGUUACCAGAUGGGAUAUUCAAUACGUUAACAUCAUUGCAAACACUUUACUUGCAUAACAAUGACAUAGCAAUAUUACCAGAUGACAUAUUCAGUAACUUGACAUCAUUGACAUAUCUUGACCUUAGUAGCAAUGCCAUUACUAUGUUACCAGAUGGGAUAUUCAAUAAGUUAACAUCAUUGCAAACACUUUACUUGCAUAACAAUGACAUAGCAAUAUUACCAGAUGACAUAUUCAGUAAUUUGACAUCAUUGACAUAUCUUGACCUUGGGAGCAAUGCCAUUACUAUGUUACCAGAUGGGAUAUUCAAUAAGUUAACAUUACUGCGAACACUUAGCCUUUAUAACAAUGACAUAGCAAUAUUACAAGAUGGCAUAUUCAGUAGUUUGACAUCACUAAAAACACUUUACCUUUUUAGCAAUGACAUAGCAAUAUUACCAGAUGACAUAUUCAGUAAUUUGACAUCAUUGACAAAUCUUGACCUUGGGAGCAAUGACAUAGCAAUAUUACCAAAUGACAUAUUCAGUACUUUGACAUCAUUGACAAAUCUUGACCUUAGGAGCAAUGCCAUUACAAUAUUACCAGAUGACAUAUUCAGUAACUUGACAUCAUUGACAUAUCUUGACCUUAGGAACAAUGCCAUUACUAUGUUACCAGAUGGGAUAUUCAAUAAGUUAACAUCAUUGAGAACACUUUUCCUGUAUAACAAUGGCAUAGCAAUAUUACCAGAUGACAUAUUCAGUAACUUGACAUCACUGCAAACACUUAGCCUUUCUAGCAAUGACAUAACAAUAUUGCCAGAUGGAAUAUUCAGUAACUUGACAUCACUGCAAACACUUAGCCUUUCUAGCAAUGACAUAGCAAUAUUGCCAGAUGGAAUAUUCAGUAACUUGACAUCACUGCAAACACUUAGCCUUUCUAGCAAUGACAUAGCAAUAUUACCAGAUGGGAUAUUCAGUAAUUUGACAUCAUUAUUAUAUCUUGAUUUACGAAAUAAUCAACUUCAAGAUGUACCACAUGAUGUGUGUAAAUACAUGCCAAUGCUGACAAAGUUAUAUUUGAGAGGAAACAGCAUAACCACAAUACCACCUGAACAUAUAAAUGAUAUCACUGCAAUGAGGGCUAGUGAUUUCUGUUUAAAUAUAAGAUCUUUGGCUGAUUCAAAAACAACCUAUAAAACACAGUCUUCAACAGAGAAAAUAGAACAACAAUCUACCAUGACAUCAGAACCAUCUACCCUAACAACAGAAUCAUCUACCCUAACAACAGAAUCAUCUACCCUAACAUCAGAACCAUCUACUCUAACAUCAGAACCAUCUACUCUAACAACAGAAUCAUCUACCCUAACAUCAGAACCAUCUACUCUAACAUCAGAACCAUCUACUCUAACAACAGAAUCAUCUACCCUAACAUCAGAACCAUCUACUCUAACAUCAGAACCAUCUACUCUAACAACAGAAUCAUCUACCCUAACAUCAGAACCAUCUACUCUAACAUCAGAACCAUCUACUCUAACAUCAGAAUCAUCUCCCCAUACAACAGAAUCAUCAGACAAAGAAAACCCCUCUUCUGGCCAACCAACAGAUAAUUCCACAGUCAUUGGUUUAGCAAGUGGAAUAUCAGUUUUAGCUUUUUUAGUUAUCAUUUUAGUAUUCGUAAUUGUGUGUAAAAGAAAAACUCAUAAACCCAAACACAACAGCUCAACAAGUGAAGUGAAUACUAAAGAGGAUGACACUUAUGAAGAAAUUCAUGAUGUUCCAAUGGGCAUACAACAAUUAACAGUCACAAAUGAUGACAGUCACAAUGUUUAUGAACAUAUCAAUGAUGACAUGCAACAAGACCAACAUAACUAUACAUCACUGACUGAAUUACAUACCUUGAGUCAUAAAACUGAAACAGACCAUGUAUAUGUGAAUACAAUGCUUGAAAAUGAUUCUGGUGAUGAUAAACAUCCUGCUUAAGUUGAAAGUAAGCAUGAUAUAACUAAUUUAGCCUGUGGAACUAUAGGCAGAAUAUAGCAGCCCUUCUCCAUAUUACUUUAGAAAAUUGUGAUGAAUAUGAAUUUCUAUAUAAGCAUGAUAUAUGAUGUAAAAUGUAUAAACAGGAAAUGAACAUAAACAAGAAUACUGUAGGUCAAAUAAACUGCAGUGAAGACAAAAAACAUGUAAAAAACUGUAUAGUGACCCAUAUGUGGGAGAGACUGACAUGUUUAAAAGUCAAUAAA